UACUUAUUACAAGAGUUUUGGGCUCUGAAGUAAUAUCGUUAGAAACCUCUACUUUUGCUCAAACUAUUUCUAAAGGAAACUGGUUUGUUGAGUUCUUUGCACCAUGGUGCCCUCAUUGUCAGGUUUUGGAGCCAAUAUGGUCAAAAUUGGCUGCUGAACAUGGUGAUUCUUUUGCAUCAAAGGAUUUUCACUUAGCCAAAGUGGACUGUACAUUGUAUGGAGAUUUGUGUGAAUUACAUGGUGUAGAAGGUUAUCCAACACUGAACUUAUAUAAAAAUGGUGUUAAAAUAGAUGGUUAUCUUCGAUCCAGAGAUUUUAACUCUUUGUUAGAAUAUGCAAAAACUAAAUCUGAGGAGGAAUAUGAACCUAAACCUUCUGAUAAUAAUAUGAAUACACCUGAAGAGUUAGAUUUACCUGAGGAAGAUUUCAUACCACCAAAUCCAUCCGGUUCUGUUAUAUCUUUGACUAGUACAAAUUUCGAUGAUUUGACAAAAUCUGGUCCUUGGUUUGUGAAAUUUUUUGCCCCUUGGUGUGGCCAUUGUAAAAAUUUGGCUCCAACUUGGGAAGAAUUGGGUCGUAAAUUACAAAAUAAAGUUAAUGUUGGAAAAGUGGAUUGCACCACUGAGAAAGGAUCAAGGCAAUUGCAAAGUCUUCAAGAAUUCGCUGAGCAAGCUGCAUCUGCCCGUUUGGUAGACAUAACUUUGGCUGAUUUUGAUAAAGCCAAAAAGAUCGAUGAUGUAUUCUUUAUUUAUCUUUAUGAUGAAAAAUCUCCUUCCAAAAAUUUAGAUCCUAAACUUGCCACCUCUUUGAAAGUUUAUACUCUUCCUUCAUUAAUUGUUAUAAAAGAUGAUCUUCAAAAAAGUUACACUUCCUCAGAUUUUGCUGAUCCAUUUGACGACCUUGUGUCUUUAAAAAAUUGGGUUCAAUCUGAAAAAUAUCCAUUAGUACCUGCCAUAGAUUCCGAAAAUUAUGAAGAUAUACUGGCCGGUGAUAGAUUGGUGGUUUUAGGUGUUGUGAGACCUGCUGAUGUUAGGCCUUUCAUUAAAGCUAAAAAUACUUUAAAAGCUGUGGCAAAACUUUAUCAUCAACAAACUAAAAGACAUGGUGGUUCUGAAGAUAAUCGUGGUGUAAUAUUUGCGUGGUUGGAUGGUGAUAAAUGGGAAAACUAUAUUUAUAGUAUCUAUGGAUUAAGUAAGAAGGAUUUACCAACCGUGAUAAUUUUUGAUCCUUCGUCUGGUGAAUAUUAUGAUGCUGCAAAAAGCGGUGACAAACUCACAUUUAGCCAUCAAGCACGAUUGCUUGAAUCUAUUAACGACGCAAAACUCGGAUAUCUUGAAGGAAAGAGUACAAUUGGAUUUACGGAAAAGAUGUUUAGAGGUAUAUUUUCAAUAGGCACUGAAAUACAGGAGUUGCUUAAUGCCGCAAACGCGGGAUGGUCGCUGGCGAGAUUUUGA